UUUCUAAUUCUUCUGAGUUUUUAAUUAGGAUAAUUACUAUCUUGGUUUUUCAACAAAUUCUCACCACAAACACGUCCAGCUGCUUCUAGUCAUGUACCAAUACUCAGUAAUUUCAUUGAAUAACAGAACAAUGAGGCUACAUAGAUGCAUUGUUUCAAACCUCUAAACUUUCCGAACCCUAAACAAAUAAAUGUAGACAGAUAUAAGUAUGACUAGACUUAUAACCGACUGCUUGGAUAUAAACCAUUUUCAAAUAGAGCAGUUUAUGCGACAGCAGUUACAAACCUCCAGUUGAACUGCACUUUCUCUACAGUUUUGGAUAAAAUGGCUUCCCCAGAAUGGUCUUACUCUCCUGGAAAUCCUGUUUGCCUCUAAGCAGGGAGUCAACGAUCUGCUCCCAUGCAUCCAAACGGAUCUUCCAAAAAUCCAUAUGCCCUCGGAUGGCUUUGGAAAUAUCACUUUUGCUCCCAUUAGCCAGGCUGAUGCUAUUCAUUGUAAUGACAACGAGGUCCAGUCCAAUGAAUGCUGCACCACUGGCAAUGAAAACGCCCCUUAAAGAUGUGGAGACGGCAGUGGGGGCUACUUUGGUACCAAUGUCAGCAAGAUCGGAUGCUGCAUCUGUCAAUUUCGCUGCUUUGGAACAAUCCACAGCAACGUCAAUGACCUUAUAAAGACUGCUAACACCGGUAGCAACUAUUCCAGCCUUUUCCACGUGAUCUACCAAUUUGCUAGCUGUUUUCUCUGCAUUAAUCCCAUGAUCUACUGUGUCAUUCUCCACUAAUACAUCUUUAAUGCUCAUCACUUCGAUGAUGGGAAAAUCUAAAAGCCGUAUAUCAUUUUGACAUCUUACUGUGGAUGAGCUACUUUAAGUAAUAACUUAAGUACUUUAAGAAAUUCACACCCCUGUCCAGUAGGUGGCAGAAUUGCAUAAUAACUACUGUCAAGCUUUUUUUAUAUUUUCUGUCUAAUGCCUAAUCUGGGCCUGUAAUGUUGGCCAAACAAUCCGCCUAGAGCUGACUAAUCAUAAAAAGGAUACAAAGUCCAGUUUACUGAGGGUUAUGCUGUGGUUUUAUUCCGGCCUUUGCUAUUCACUGCUGAUUUCUCUCUGCUGUGUCUUGCUCAUGUGCUGUUGCUGCUAUUGAAGUGUGAGGCCACCAUGGAGCCCGUGACUCCUUACUUGUGCAGAUAUAAAGGUUAUGUGUUUCCAGUAGGACUGACCACCCCAGAGUACAUCGAUUCCCUGCUGACCUUUGAAAUACGGGACAGUGACAUUUUUCUUGUCACUUACCCCAAGUCAGGCACCGUAUGGUCCCAGCAGAUCGUCACGCUGCUCAUGGAGGAGUCCGGUGCGGGCGACGCCUACACUACCAACCUGGACAAGAUGCCAUGGCUGGAAUAUCCUGAUGGCCGCCCCGAUUAUGUAUCGCGGCCCUCCCCUCGCCUGUUUGCCAGCCACUUGACCCCCGCGCUGAUGCCUCGGGGGCUGAGAGAAAAGGGAGCCAAGAUUGUGUACGUGAUGCGGAACCCAAAGGACAACCUGGUCUCCUAUUUCCACUUCUGCCAUGUCUGGAACGGACUGGAAACUCCUAAGAGCUUCGAGGACUUUUUGGAGCAAUACUUGGCCGGAAAUGUUAAUGGCGCCUCCUGGUUCGACCACAUUAGAGAGUGGCACACCAAGAGAGACCAGUACAACAUCUUGUUCCUGACCUAUGAAGACAUGAUUGAGGAUCUGAAGGGGGCAGUUUUGAAGAUCAGUGCCUUCCUGGGAUUGGACCUGAAUGCGGAGGGAAUUGAGCGUGUUGUGCAGAAAGCCACUUUCAAAAACAUGCAGAAAGAUCCCAGAGCUAAUUACGAGUUCGUUCCGCAAGACAUGCUAAACCGCGAGAAGGGAGGCUUCUUACGCAAAGGUAGAGUCGGUGAUUGGAAGAACACGUUCACCGUGGCCCAAAGUGAGAGGUUCGAUCAGGUCUUCCAGCAGAGAAUGCAUGAUCUGACACUGGCGUUCACCUGGGAUUUAGACACUUAGCUGCCUAAGUGAGCAGAGAUUAUGGGGAGCUCAGGAUGGACACGCCCCCACAGCACAGGGAGAAAGUGAAAGUUACAAAUCCCAGGCCCUGGAGGUGUGAGGCAAGAGCACCACCUACUGACCAUCCUUAAUAACUGUUUUAAAUAAUUUAAACAAAAUAAUUUUUUGUAAACAAUUUUAACAAAAAUAUGAAACCUUUUCACAUCAAUGCUUUAACACACAUUCAAUGUGUUAACAUCCUACACUAAACUGUAACUAUUCCUCGUCAGCGUUUGCGUUCGUGCAUAAUUUUUAAUAAAUUGGCAAAAAUCUCAAGUGA